ACAAACUACACGCGUCUUUCAGUUUCGUUAAUUAAAUAAGCAUUCUGCUCUUUACUUGUCUUGAGCGUACAUACCAAAGGGGAAAUAUGGCCGCUGAGUUUGUGCUUACUUUUGCUGCCGAGGGAAUACUGACCAAAGUAGCUGCAGUUGCCACUGAACAAUUUAGUCUUGCUUGGGGAUUCAAAGGAGAACUGGCCAGGCUCGGGGAUUCAUUAUCCCUCAUGCAAAACAUCUUACGUGAUGCUGCUGAGCAACCAACAGAUCGGGACCACGCCUUCAAAGAUUGGGUGAAGAAACUUAAAGACAUAGCACAAGAUGCUGAUGAUGUGCUGGAUGAAUUCCAGUAUGAAGUUCUUCGACGUAAACUGGAGCUGCAAAACCACAUGAAGAAAAAGGUACUCAACUUCUUUUCAAUCUCCAAUCCCAUUGCUUUUCGCCUUAAAAUGGCACGGAAAAUUAAGAACAUCAACCAACUUUUGGCGGAACUCGAGAGUAGGGCAACUUUGAUUGGACUGGUUGCAAAACAAAAGGAUGCAACCCCACAAGCUAUGGUGAACAGAGAAACUGUCUCAAGCUUUGAUACGGAUGAGAAGUUUUUUGGAAGGGAGGAGCUGUUGUCCGAUAUAGUUAAGACCUUGAUCAACUCCAACAAUCAGGAAAAUCUUUCCGUUAUGCCCAUUGUAGGAAUGCCGGGCCUCGGAAAGACAACCUUGGCUAAAAAAGUAUUCAACGAGCCGGAUAUUGAUAAAUCAUUUGACAAAAGAAUAUGGGUGUGUGUAUCUGACCCUUUUGACGUCAAUUCGAUUUUAAGAAGGAUCUUAGAAGUACUCAACCCCACAAUUGCCAGGAUAGAAAGUCAAGAGGCAUUGCUUAAAAACCUUCAGGAAGCCUUGGCUAGAAAGAGAUAUAUUCUUGUACUCGAUGACGUUUGGAAUGAAGAUCGUAUAAUAUGGAUCAAUUUGAUGAAUUGUUUGUCAAAACUUGGUUCUCGGGAAAGCACUGUGAUUGUCACCACCCGCAGUGCAAACGUUGCAUCAAUUACGGAAACAAAUCCUAAUCUGAGGCGUACUUUGGGUUUGCUACAAGAAGAUGAAUGUUGGUCCAUAUUGAAGAAUAGAGCAUUUCAUGAUGAUAAUGCUCGUGCAGAUCUGGAGAUAAUUGGAAAGCAAAUUGCAAAAAAGUGUGCAGGUGUUCCACUAGUGGCAAAGAUAUUAAGUGUUUUCCACCAAUGCCAAAUGAAAAGAAGAAGCAAUCAAUUUCAUCUAUGCUCUAGGACAUGCAUGCAAGCUUCCAUCAUUGAAAAAAUAAAGAAAGAAUGAAUAAACAAUGAAGGAGAAGUUCAAAUUGACUACUUGCAACCAAUGAAUGCAAAGAAGAAUGAUGAUGCUUGAGUUGUUAUCUAGCUACAAUUUGAACUAAGUUGCUGCAGUUUUUUUAUAAGAUACGAGAGAUGAGAUGGAGCAAGUGGAGCAAGUGGAGCAAUUGAUAAGAAGACUCAAAGAUCUUUGUGAAAACCAAAGUCAAGGAACUAGGCCAAGAUUAAGGAAUAUAUUUGAAAAUGAUGGGUACUUAUUUGAAAUGAUAAAAGCUUGGAGUGAAGAAGCAAGUGGAGAGUGGUGUGGAGAAAUUCAAGAGUGAUACCCGACAAUGAGAAGAAGGAAAGUAUGGAAAUGCAUGACAAAGUGUUCAAGUGGAAGAAAGUUUUGAAGAAUUUAGAUAAGGAGUCAUCAUCACAAUGAAUUAAUUAAAGGAAGCAACUUGGCAAUUGGUUUGAUGGCAAGUGGAAGACAUAUUAAAUUCAUGAAUAUUGCUCCCAUCCUCCUAUAAAUAGAUGGAGCUACGGCAUUGUAAAACUACACCAAGCUCCACAAUCUUGAGCUUUUUCUCUUUUCCCUCCAUAUUUCUAAGUCUUAAAUUCUGUUUUUAGUUUUA